AUCUUUUUAUCACAUUUCAGUUGUAGUCUAUGUACGGUACCGUAUGUGGUAUUGAUUUGUUGAAAGAAAAUGGACACACCAUCAAGCUCCAUAGCUGCCACACCAUCAGGACGAACGCCAGGCAGGACCCCUGCACAUGGUGAAGUUGUUCCCCAUCAACCAAAAGCAAUGAUAUAUAUUUGUGGAGAAUGUCAUCAAGAAAAUGAAAUAAGGUCUCGUGAUCCAAUCCGAUGUAGAGAAUGCGGUUGCCGAAUUAUGUACAAGAAAAGAACAAAAAGAAUGGUGGUAUUCGACUGCAGAUGAAAAGUUUUGAUGCACAACCAUAAUAACGUAAAUCCAUUGAAGAUUUUUCUUGUGACAGUGAGGGGAAAAGACUUUAUAAAUCGUCAACUUUCAAAUGAUUACAGACUACAUAUUUGCACAGAACAUUUCUGUGAUCUACCAAGUUCAAUCAUAAUAUUGACAUCCUGUUCUUUUGUAACUGGAUUAUUGUACUCCACUGCCUCACCACAUGACUUUCUAUUUGAAAAUUUGUUCUCCAGUACAUUGUUUUAAAUAUUUGCUCUGAAGUAUGCUUAGAGUAAAUUUUUUUUUUGAUGGCCGGCCUGGCAUUUUUUAAACCGUGCUACUACAUCAAUAAACAUUAUAUUGAAUAAAUGGCGAAUGAUCUGUUUUCUAGUUUGACAUGCAAGCUGUUUGAGAUACAUUGGCAUUGUUAGACCUUUUUGAGCAUAAAUUAAAAAUAUGCUGUAAUUCAAUAGGACUUGUAUCCAACUAUGUUUUGAGAAAUGUUCAUACUUUGCACUGCAUUAUAUUAAAUAAGACUAAUAGAAUA